CAGGCCCUCAGCGCCCGCCCCGGCUUGUGUAACACUCGGGCCGCGUGGCUGCCAGUGGGGAUCGGCACCGGCAUCGGCACCGGCAUCGGCACCGGCACCCGGAGCCCAGCGCAGCCACGCUGCUCCGGGCGGCGCUGAGGAUGCGGCGGGCACGGGGGAAGCGGAAGGCCGAGGCCACGGAGGUGCCGUGCGUGAAUCGGAGGAGGACAGAGGGAGACGAGGCGAUACAGGAGGCCCGUCGGAGGGCGGCCCCGUCCGUUCGAGAGUUCAAGUACAACAAAAAGCGGGUUCGCCUUGUCUCGCAGGGCUCGGACCUGAAGGAUGAUGCUCGGUGCAUCCUUUACUGGAUGUGCCGGGAUCAGCGAGUGCAAGAUAAUUGGGCUUUCCUCUACGCCCAGCGCCUGGCCCUCAAACAGGAGCUGCCUCUGCACGUCUGCUUCUGCUUGGUGCCCAAAUUUCUGGAGGCCACCAUUCGCCACUACAGGUUCAUGCUGAGGGGCCUGCAGGAGGUAGCAGAGGAGUGUGCAGAGCUGAACAUCUCCUUCCACUUGCUGCUGGGCUAUGCCAAGGAUGUGCUGCCCGCGUUUGUGACGGAGCAUGGUGUGGGUGGGCUGGUGACAGACUUCAGUCCCCUCCGCCUCCCCCGGCAGUGGGUAGAGGACGUCAGGGAACGCUUGCCAGAGGAUGUGCCAUUUGCACAGGUUGAUGCCCACAACAUUGUGCCCUGCUGGGUUGCCUCCCCCAAGCAGGAGUACAGCGCCAGGACCAUCCGGGGCAAGAUCCACGCUCAGCUCCCCGAAUUCCUCACGGAGUUUCCCCCUGUUGUUCGUCACCCACAUCCGCCCUCCUGCCCAGCAGAGCCCAUCGCUUGGGAGGCCUGUUAUUCCAGCUUGGAGGUGGACCACACCGUGAAGGAAGUGGAGUGGGCAACCCCUGGCACAGCUGCAGGGAUGGCUGUGCUCAAGUCCUUCAUUGCAGAGCGGCUGAAAUCCUUCAGCAGCCACAGGAAUGAUCCCAACAAGGCGGCUCUCAGCAACCUCUCCCCGUGGCUUCACUUUGGCCAGGUUUCCACCCAAAGAGCCAUCCUGGAGGUGCAGAAGCAGCGGCGCAGUUACAAGGACUCGGUGGAUGUGUUCGUGGAGGAGGCUGUGGUGCGGCGGGAGCUGGCCGAAAACUUCUGCUACUACAAUGAGAACUACGACAGUGUGCAGGGUGCCUAUGACUGGGCACAAACCACCCUGAAGGUCCAUGCCAAAGACAAGAGGCCUUAUCUGUACAGUCUGCAGGAGCUGGAGCAGGGAACCACACAUGACCCACUCUGGAAUGCUGCCCAGCUGCAGAUGGUCCGGGAGGGCAAGAUGCACGGCUUCCUGCGGAUGUACUGGGCCAAGAAGAUCCUGGAGUGGACGCACUCCCCUGAGGAGGCCCUGCAGUUCGCCAUCUACCUCAACGACCGCUACGAGCUGGACGGGAGGGACCCCAAUGGAUACGUAGGCUGCCUGUGGUCCAUCUGUGGCAUUCACGACCAGGGCUGGGCAGAGCGGCCCAUCUUCGGCAAGAUUCGCUACAUGAACUACGCGGGCUGCAAGCGCAAGUUCGACGUGGAGCAGUUUGAGCGUCGCUACAGCCCCACACACUCCCAGUGACACCCUCUGGGCUGGGCAGAUGUGCCUGGGCCCAGCUGCCAGCUUGCAGGGGUCACUCUGGGAUAUCAAAGGGCCCCCUGUAGCAGCAGCACGCUCCAGGGUUUUGCAGGUCUUUGCCAUCACCCGCUGCUCAAGUUGUCACACUGGGGCAGCUGCUGGAGCCCUUCCACUGGCACAAGGUUGCUGGCAGCUGCGAGAGCCUAUCCUCAGCAUGCCUGUGCCUGCCAGAAAUCUUUCUACAACCAAGGCCUCAGGAGCAGCCCAGGUCAUCAUUGCUGCUGGUAACCACAGCUGAGAUUUCGGCUGAGCAGAGUGUUUCUAGGGAAAAGCCCCCAGGAAGAGGCUCUUUAUGGAGCCAGUGCUAGGCUCUCAUUUUUUAACAGUUUUAAAGUUUACAUUUUUUAUCA